UUCAUCAAGAAAGUUGACAUGUCUGUUAGGUAUGAGUCUACAGCGAGAUUUGUGAUAGAACUGGUUUUGAAUCUCAGCGUAGCAAGCUGGAUUAACAUUUGGUAUGGAAGUAUGGCUAAGACUGAAGAUACAAUUGCACUACUUAUUGCAGUAACUACUAUUCUUGGUCUACUAGCUCUUACAGUAUACUCUAUCGUAUAUCCAGCAUACUAUUUCCGAGACAUCAAAGAGAAUCCUCAGAAGCAUGAGCGACACUGUUUGUUCUUUCUGGACUUCAAGAACGAUGCUAUCAAGCAGUGAUUAUUUUUCGAAUUUUUCAUGAUUAGAAGACUUUUAUUUACAUUUGUGAUUGUUUGCAUUAAAGAGCAUCCCUCUAAGCAGCUGAUUCUCUGCAUUUUCAUGUUCUCAUAGCAAUUUAUGUACUGUGUGGUUCAUAGACCCUAUAAAGACUGCAUUAACAACAUUCUGAAUGUGUUCAACGAAUGAAUUUUGAUUAUUUUUGCCUACCUGCUCUAUCUCUUCAUUGGGACAAAUGGCUCUGAAAGAAUAACAAGGGUUAGAUGGGCAUGUAUCGGAGUGAUUAUCAUCUUUUUCUUAGCAAACUUGAGUAUUAUAUUCCCACAUAUGAUUGAUUCGACUGUUAAGUUAUGAAAAAAGAAAAAGAAAAUAAGAAGAAUUUAUCGGUACUUGACGAAGGAGGGCCUUUGAGUCGUCAUGCCAGAGAUCCAUUCAGUAGAGUCUUUAAAAAGCCUGAAUUUUCGUUGGCAAAGCUAAAAGAGAAUAUCAAAAAGGCGCAAGAAAAAAUAUCUAAUCGAGAAGAAAUAUCCAUUAGAAAGGCCCCAAGAAUAGACAAAAGGAAUGAGUCAGACCUAGGCUUAGCCAAGAUUGCUAUGACUUCCAUUUCAACCCCUCUUGCUAAGAAAUGGCCAAUCAAAAAGACAAAGAAUCUGCCUUCCCAAGGGCAAAAUCAGUCUUCAGUUUUUGGAAAUUUCUAAGAGUUUUAACAAAACUAGGUUUGAUUUGUUAAUUAAGAGUUUUAUCUUAGAUAUGGUUGGAUGAAUGUCUGAAUAUAAUACAACACGACUAAUCUCUGCUGCCAUCUCCCUAUAACCCUUAUGCCACAUCUACUAAAAUCAACCAAACUCCUUAUUC